AUGAAAUCAACGAACAAAUCCUUCUCCCCCAACUUCCACAACCGAUCGAAUAACGGAAACUCGUCGAGUCGAUUGGAUAGUCGGUAUUCUCGAAUGAAAUCUACAUCCCUGGUGGCCGAUGUCAUCCUGGCGAACAUCAACAGGCUGAGAAGCGGCAGAAGAAGGCACAAGUGGAGGGGGCACCGGAAGACGGAGGAGGACUCCAGGACGAUCGAUAUGUCUUCCGUCAUGAAGCAGAAUAAUCCGGAAGAAAAUUUAGGAGCAUCUUUGAUACAGGAGGUGGAUGAAGAGGGCUACACGGCUCUCCACUACGCUGCCCGCUACAACCAGAUUGACGUCAUGAAGCUGCUGGUCGAAAAUGGCGCUGAUGUGAACGUGAAACAGAAGCAGGAUGAAGUCUGUCCUCUGCAUCUCGCUUGCAGGUACAACGGGUACGAUGCGGUCAAGUUUCUACUUGAACAACAAGCCGAACUAAACAGUAAAGAUGUUAAAGGUAGAAGCCCACUUCAUUACGCCACCAGGAAAGGUCAUGCCCAGGUCAUCAAGAAAUUUCAGGAUUUGAUCCUGGUACUUCUCUGA